AUGGCCUCCAAGGAUGAGGUUUCCACGGCCUCGGCAUCUCCUCGAGCCAAGCUGUACCCGGAAAAGCAUUUUAUGAUGCUGGGUAUGCGGUAUGGCAGAUUUCCCAGAUGGAAGAGCUACAAACCAGCCCGUUGUAUUCAACGUUUCAAGGAGCAAUUUGGCUGUCAUCCGAAAACUGUUGCAGAUCUUUGGGAAAAGCUUCGAAAUCAUGACGAUGAAGCGAUCCGUCUACCAAAGAAAGCAAAACCAAAAGAGCUCCUGAUCGGCAUUCGACAUCUAUUCAAAUACCACACGGAGCCUGACCUUGCCAUGUUUUUCAACAUCAAAACUGGGAAGACUGCCAGAAAAUGGGCAAGACGGUACAUGAAGAAGAUUGCGCUGCUUUUGCCAGAAAUGGUGGGUACACUGGCCGACAAUGAUGAGGGACUUAUUUUCUUUAUGUCUCUGGAUGGUACGCAUUGUCCAAUCGAAGAACCACGACCUUGGUCCAAAAAGUGGAGCAGCCACAAGUUUGGCGGAAAGCCCGGUGUGAACUAUGAAUUCGGUCUGUUGUUGCAUAAAGCAAAGCUUGGUUGGAUCCAUGGGCCAACACCCCCAGGAGAGAAGAAUGAUUUGGUGGUAUUCCGUAGCAAGUUGAUGCACGAAAUGCCAGCUGAUCGACGCUUGAUUGCUGAUUCUGGGUACACCGCAGAGCCCGAUUACUUCACCACAAAGAAUGAGCUUGACCCAAAGAAGCUCUCCAAAUUCAAAGAUAGAGUCCUUUCUCGGCACGAGAAUUUCAAUCAACGAGUGAAGUGUUUCGCAAUCACCAGGACGAAGUUUCGUCACCGGGGUUUUGGGGAGAAUUGGGAAGAAGCUCAUGAGACUGCGAUGCAUGCUGUCUGUGUGAUUGUGCAACUGCACUUGGACAAUGGCACACAGAGACUGCUUGAUCCUUAUAGUGUAUAG